AUUGACACUAUUGUGAACAAAGGACUUAAAGUACUUUGUAUGUUCCGUAUUUCGUGACGUAAUUGGAUUUUACAUGAAACGCGAGUAACUGUACUCGGCCUGUGAGCGGAGGUCGCUUUUACACGGAUGGUUAUUAUCUUUGCGUAGUUGCGUAACGGUACGAGGACAAAAUGUGGGAAGUUGACUCUGACACGGAGUCCCAGAGUGCGUCGUCGGACGGGCUUCGACGGCGGCAAGGAUGGGACCCAGAGGCCGAGAGUUUAGCUUCUCAGAUCGACGAACUCGACGAAGUGCUAGCCGAAGAAGAGGAGGGAUGCCCGUUACCAUCCACCCCCGAAGAUCAGCAUCUACUCGAUGCGGAGAUGGCUGAAGUGUUGAAGGCUGGUGUAUUAUCUGAUGAAAUCGAUCUAGGUGCCUUAGCGCACACUAGCGCCGUUGAACAGGCUGAGGAAUUCGUAAGGAAGGUUUGGGAAGCGUCGUGGAACGUGUGCCAUUUCAGACAUUUGCCACGUUGGCUGCAAGACAACGACUACUUGCACAAGGGACACCGACCGCCGCUGCCGUCUUUUAGUGCCUGCUUCGCCUCCAUAUUCCGCAUCCACACCGAAACUGGCAAUAUCUGGACCCAUCUACUCGGUUGCGUUGCGUUCAUUGGUGUCGCCAUUUAUUUCCUCACCCGGCCCUCAAUCGAAAUACAAAUGCAAGAAAAGAUGAUCUUCGGUGUGUUUUUCGUCGGAGCUAUUGUAUGCCUCGGAUUUUCAUUCGCCUAUCACACGCUGUACUGUCACUCCGAAAUGGUGGGUAAACUAUUUUCAAAACUGGAUUACUGCGGUAUAGCUCUACUUAUAAUGGGGUCAUUUGUUCCUUGGCUUUAUUACAGUUUUUACUGCCACUAUAGACCAAAAAUAAUAUACCUAUCUGUAGUGAUUGUUUUAGGUAUAUUGUCUAUAAUAGUGUCACUUUGGGAUAGAUUCUCAGAGCCUCGCCUCCGUCCUUUGAGAGCAGGAGUGUUUAUGGGUUUUGGUCUAUCUGGUGUAGUGCCAGCUAUCCAUUAUGGUAUAACAGAAGGUUGGUUUAGUCAAGUCAGUAAGGCAUCCCUCGGAUGGCUAGUAUUAAUGGGUCUACUAUACAUUUUGGGUGCAAUGUUCUAUGCUCUUAGGGUUCCAGAACGUUGGUUCCCUGGAAAGUGUGACAUCUGGUUCCAAUCACACCAAAUAUUCCACGUUCUGGUGAUUGUGGCAGCGUUUGUCCAUUACCACGGUAUCAGUGAGCUAGCAUCGUACAGAGUAACUGUUGGGGAAUGCUCCAUGCCCCCAUCCUCUGUUGCAUACUAGCCUCACCCACUACAAAUGUGAUAGUAGACCAUAGAUAAUUUUAAGUAGGGUACAACGUUUAAUAGUUUCAUUGUAUAUUUUUUUAUCAAAUAAUCUAACACAAUUUUCUAAGUUUUUUUAUACAACCAGUAUGUCGGUUUAUUGUAGUGAGGCUGUUAUUAAUGUUUGAGACUAAUGAAAUUAAACCGAGUUGUUAUUUUCAAUUAGAAUUUUGAAAUUAGAUUAUUUACUUUAUUUAAUAUAAUGUUCUUUAUUUAUUUUAGUUUCUUUAGAUUAUAUAUUUAGUAAAUCUUUUAGUCUGUGACCUGCACUGAACACAUGGAAAAUUUCUUAGUUUCACAAGAAUUACUGCUUUAUAGACCUAGAUUAUUUUUUAGGAUGUACUUAAUUUACACUAAAUAUGGUUUGAUUAAAGAGUAAAUUAACCAUCUAGCCUAUUGUCAUUGUUCAUCCUCAUUUUUAAAAAUUUACAUCUCAAGUGCAGGAUAUUUACCUAACCCAGUUUCUUAAUUUGUUACUUAUUGUGAAAUAAAACAACUUUAACUUACAGAAUCUCAAAUUCCGUUUUAUAUCAGUAUAAGAUUCUAAUAAAAGUAUAUUUUUCUUUUGAUACCAAUGUUUAUAUUUUGCAAUUAACUCACAACAAUAUAAAAAUGUAAACUAAUAUUACAUUCCACUACAGUGAGGAACUAUCGACCAAGACUUUAUACUAGAAAAUGAAAUAUGAUUAUAUGAGUACAAGUUAUCUAUGUCUUAUCCUGGUAAAGUAGUAAGAAUUACAAUAAUUUAAUUUUUAUUUUGUUUAAAUUUUUUAAAUGUGUUUGAAUAAAUAGUAUGUACGUAAUGUACAUAAUGGGUAGGUUGAAAAA